AUGGUCCUCGCAGACUUGGGCCGGAAACUCAAUGCGGCCCUUUCAUCUCUCAAUAGGGCUCCUGUCAUAGAUGAGAAGGUGCUGGACGCUACAUUGAAAGAAAUAACUGCUGCAUUGUUGGAAUCGGACGUUAAUGUCAAGCUUGUGGCAUCACUUCGUCAAAAAGUCAAAGCGAAAGUCAAAUCGGCAUUGGAAGGUUCUAAUGACAAAACGAAGGAUGCGAGUCGUAAAAACCUCAUACAACGAGCCGUCUUUGACGAAUUAGUCCAUCUGGUAGACCCCGGUGUGGAGCCUUACAAACCUAAGAAAGGGCAGAGCAAUGUUAUUAUGGCUGUUGGUCUUCAAGGAAACGGCAAAACGACUACAUGCACCAAACUAGCCGUGCAUUAUCAAAAGAGAGGAUUCAAAUGUGCCAUCGUUUGCGCGGACACCUUCCGGGCUGGGGCUUUCGAUCAGACUCGUCAAUCCGCUACGAAAGCUAAGGUUGCAUACUUUGGAUCCUAUACCGAGACAGAUCCGGUCGCUAUCGCCGCACAGGGUGUGGCAAAGUUCAAGAAGGAAAGGUUUGAAGUGAUUAUUGUCGAUACUUCUGGGCGGCAUAAGCAAGAAUCAGAAUUGUUCGAUGAAAUGAUUCAGAUUGGGGAAGCCGUUCAACCGAAUAUGACUGUCCUUAUUUUGGACGCCAGCAUCGGUCAAGCCGCGGAAGCACAGAGUAGGGCAUUCAAAGAGAGCGCUGAUUUUGGUGCCAUCAUUGUCACGAAAAUGGAUGGUCAUGCUAAAGGAGGAGGGGCAAUAUCAGCGGUAGCAGCAACGAAAACACCGAUCAUAUUUCUCGGUGUCGGGGAACAUUUACAUGACCUGGACCGGUUUUCUCCUCAGCCUUUCAUCUCGAAAUUACUAGGACUAGGUGAUGUGCAAGGGUUAAUGGAGCACAUGCAAGAUCUCGCCACCCAAAAUCCUGACAAGCAAAAGGAGAUGGCAAAAAAACUUGAAGAAGGCAAACUCAGCAUACGAGAUUGGAGGGAGCAGAUACAGAAUGUCAUGAAUAUGGGGCCCAUUAGCAAAAUUGCUUCUAUGAUUCCUGGGCUCCCUCAAGAUUUGUUGCAAGGCUCAGACGAGGAAGGAUCAAUGCGGAUGAAGAGAAUGAUAUUCAUUACCGAUAGCAUGACCGCUAUGGAGCUCGAAUCCGAUGGGUCGCCAUUCAUGGAAAUGGGUAACGACGGAAAGCCCGUCGGCCUUACAUGGAGAGUGACGCGAGUUGCAAGAGGCAGUGGCACAAGUGUUCGAGAAGUGGAAGAGCUGUUGUGCCAGUAUCGCAUGAUGGCUAAUAUGGCGAAACAGGCUGGUGGCAAGAACGGGUGGCUCUCUGCGAUGCAGAAGAUGCAAGCAGCGGCCGGUGGGAAGGGUCGUGGCGCAAAUGGUAUGCCAACGCCUGCACAAAUACAAGCGAUGCAGCGAGCACUACCGCCAGGCAUGCUUCAGCAAAUGCAGCGUCAGAUGCGAAGUGGUGGUGGUAUGCAGGAAAUGAUGAGAGCCAUGAUGCAAGGGCAAGGAGGUGAUCAAAUGGACAUGGAAGAGAUGCAAAGAAUGAUGUCGCAAAUGGGCAGUGGUCUUGGAGGUCUCGGAGGUCUGGGCGGUCUCGGAGGAAUGUCGAACAUGUCAGAAAUGUUCAAGCUAAUGGGAAUGGGUGGCAAUCGAUGA